AGAGUCGGCUGGACACACCCACAAAAGUGAAUGUAUAAAAAGAGAAGCCAGUGGUGAUUUCCAUCAAAGGAACUUCUUGCUCUCCUUCGCAGUGGAUUCUUCAUCUACUCCAGAGUGAAAAUGGCGACCUACCAAGUGACAGUGUUCACUACAGAUUUUGUUUAUGCCGCCACUUUUAACAAUGUCUACAUUAAGUUGGUGGGCGCAGAUCAUGAGAGUGAUCGCAGUUGGCUCCUGAAUUUCAAAGGGGCUUUAAACUUCGUCAAAGGAGCAGAGGCUUGUUUUACUAUCAACUGCCCUGCCUCCCUUGGAAAAUUGGUUCUGAUAGAGCUGGACAAGCAGCGUCUCCCAAUGUUCCCAGAUGACGAUUGGUUCCUGUCUAAGGUGGAAGUGAAAUCCCCUGAGGGACACACUUACCGGUUCCCCAUUCACCAGUGGAUCACUGACAGUGAAGUGCACCGCUUCAGAGAAGGAACAGCUCUGAGAGUUUAUGAAGACACCAAUUCUCUUGGCUUGUAUGCCAGGCAGCAGGAGCUCAAGCAGCGAGCGGAGGACUAUCGGUGGUAUGCGUUUAAAGAGGGACUACCCCACUGCAUAGAGGCGGAAAACCUCUCAUCUCUGCCAUGUGAGGUUCGGUUCUCCUUCACCAAGCAAACAGAGUUUCUCUUCACUGCAGCAGCUGGGCUGGUGGAGCUGCAACUGAAGGGACUGGAUGAUUGCCAUGAACCAUGGGCUGAUAUUGACAAUGUCGAUCGGGUGUUCUGCUCCAGACAGACUGACAUAUCAGAAUAUGUCCAGAAACAUUGGAAGGAGGAUGCACUCUUUGGCAACCAGUAUCUAAAUGGUGUCAACCCCAUAUUGAUCAAACGUUGCAAAGUCCUGCCAGACAACUUUCCUGUCACUGAUGACAUGGUCUUCUUAUGUGGUCAGGGUAGCUUGGCAGAAGAAAUGAAGAGAGGCAACAUAUUCCUGUGUGACUACAAGCGUUUGGAUGGAGUACAAGCAAACACCAUUAAUGGGAAGAGGCAGUACUUGAUGGCUCCCCUCGUCCUGCUCCACAAAACACCAAAUGACAAGUUGAUGCCAAUCGCUAUUCAGCUGAGGCAAACUCCAGCAGAUAACAAUCCAAUCUUUAAUCCUGCUGAUUCUUGCUAUGACUGGUUGAUUGCCAAGAUUUUUGUGAGAAGUGCAGAUUUCAAUGAGCAUCAACUCAAUGUUCACCUGCUGCGCACUCACCUGCUGGCUGAAGUCUUUGCAGUGUCACUGCUGCGCAACAUUCCCGCGGUGCAUCCACUGUACAAGCUCCUUGUACCUCACACUCGCUACACUCUGCAGAUCAACUACCUUGCUCGAAAUCUUCUAAUAUCUGACAAGGGAGUUUUCUCACAGUUUGCAGCCUCUGGUGGAGAUGCUAUGUUCACAAUCCUGAAGAAAUCACUGUCAGCAGUGACCUACAGCUCCCUCUGUUUACCAGAGGACAUUGCUGAGCGUGGGGUGGAGGACAUUCCAAACUACUACUACAGGGAUGAUGGACUCAGGCUUUGGAAUAUCAUUCACAGGUUUGUGGACGGAGUACUCCGCUUCUUCUACAAGAAUGAUGGUGAGGUCGAGCAGGACACUGAGCUGCAGAAGUGGAUUCGGGACAUUUUUGAACAUGGAUUCCUUUCUCAAGUUGACACAGGAAUUCCACGGAGAUUCACCACCGUGGGUGAGCUGAUCAAGUUUGUCACCAUGGUGAUCUUCACGUGCUCAGGUCAGCACUCAGCUGUGAACACUGGACAGUAUGACUUCGGGGGCUGGAUGCCCAACACUCCCAUCACCCUGCAAUGUCCUCCACCAACUAAAAAGGGAACAACAAGCGAAGACAUUAUGCUGCGUACAUUCCCUUACAUCAGCACAACCGUUCAGGGCAUGUCCACCAUGUGGCUGCUCAGCAAGCAGUCUUCUGACUUUGUCCCGCUUGGCCAAUACCAAGAAGGUCAUUUCAGUGAGGAGAUUCCCUGCAACAUGAUACAGGCUUUUCAGAGAGAGCUCAAGUUGCUGAGUGAAGCCAUCAAAUGGAGAAACAAGAGUCUGGACAUCCCAUACACUUACCUGGAUCCAGCGGAGUUAGAAAAUAGUGUUGCUAUUUGAUUAGCAAAAUGAUCUGAAGUCCAGGGAUGAGGAACUAGGGGAAGAAGUGUGCUGUGUCUCUUUGAUGAUAUUUUCUUUUUAUUGCUUGCUUAUCUGCAACUUAUAUACAAUGUCAUUGAUCAAAGAACAAACUAUAUGGAAAAAGUUAUUUAUUUCACCUCGUAAAUCUUAGUUCACAAGUAAGACUAUACAGGGCAGUUUAUCAAAAAACAACAACAAAAUACACUGUGUGAAGCUGUUAACUGUUGUGACUACUAAUGUGUUUAUUCGCAUUGAUUUACUGUGGUUUAAUUUUCUAUUUGAAAUGUUACCUGUAAAAGAAAAAAAUCUUUCAAGCUUUUGUCAAUGUAUUGUUUUAAGGAUGAAAACAAACAUGAUGACUUGCAUGAAUAUAAAACUUGUGACUGAUUUAUCAUUUACUUAUUGCAGCAAAAGCCUCAAUAAAUACUAUGCAAAGCAACCUCUUA